AUGCGUCUCUCUCAACUUGCCCUUGGGUUCUUCCUGCCUGUGCUGGCAUUGGCCGAUUGGAACACAGUCAAAGGUGACAUUGGGAACAUCACAACCCUGCUGACCACGCUGAGCGACGAUGCCCAGACCAUGAAGCCCGGCAUGGCUGGAGUACCCAUCGCUCUGAAGGUGGAAACCGAUGCCGUGGAGCUGGGCAAGGAGAUCCGCGCUGGUACUGAAGAUGCCAAGGACUCGGAUCCUUUCGGGGGCAAGGGCUCCCUUCAGGUUGGGCUGGCGCUCGUGGCGCUGGAGCCCAAGAUCAAGUCGACUCUGGACAAUAUCGCCAAGCAGAAAGAUACCUUUGGCGAGUUGGGUAUCAUUGUUCUGCAGUCCCUCCGCCAGCUGAAGAAGGACACGGAUGCUUUUGCCGCCGCGGUGACGGACAAGCUAUCUGGGUUGGAGAAGUCUGUUGCUCCUGGGAUUACCAAGUCGAUUGAUGGUGCUUUUGACCAGGCUAUCCAGGCAUAUGAGAGCAAUGGUGAGUCUGUUGGUGCUUUGAGGGGGAAGUCAGUUGCUGACCGUUCAGACGUGAAAUCCGAUAAUUAA